CGGGCGGGGAACCCGCCCCUCGUUUGCGGGGGGAAGGAGGAAUGGUUGGCCAUUUUUCGAGGGAAGCGGGUUUUGCGGGAUGUGUGUGGCUUGAGAAAGGCGGAGAAAAGGCCUCCGAGAUUCUUUUCCUUUUUCUUCUUCCCCCCAGUCUCCGCUGAAUGGGUGUGGCUGCUAGGUAUCCCGGUACGAAAGGGAAUCCUCUCUCUUGAAUCUAUAGAGCCCCGGUGCCUAGCAGUGUAUUUGAUGAGGAUCCCCAGGAUGACCCCCGAGAAAUUCACCGAAACUCUCCCAGCCUCAGUCUCCACUUGGACCUUGCCCAUGUUGUCAAAUGAGAUAGUUAGGUAAAGCGCUUUGCAAAACUUAAAGCGCUCCAUAAAUGCUAGCUACUACUAGUGGUAGGGACUUGGCGUGUGCUGACUGAGUGGAAGCCUGUCUUCUUGCCCCUUGGAGAUGGAACCGAGAGGGCACUUAAGCCUAGGUGAAGGGGACAAAGAUGCCCACAGUCAGCCACCACUGUCGGUGCCAGGAAAUGGGCUAGACGCCCGGUCGUGGCCAACUUAGUACUGGAGGUGUGACUUGGGGAUCCCUUCCGUCUUCCCUUGAAACAAAGCCUGGCAGAGACUGGUGAGAGCUGGAGCCAGGAAACCGAGUCCCUGGAUGACCCCGCUACUCUGUGACUUCGUCGUGGGAGGAUCCCCCGUUACCGAAGUGCCACCUUGGCAGCUCCGGCGAUUUCCGUCUGAUCAUUGCCGAGCUUUCUCUCUCCUGCCCUCCAACUCCCCCAAUCCUCAGCCCCUCCCCCACCCCUUCCUCCCUUCGUACUUCUUUCUCCCUCCCUCGCCCCGUCUGGGUCUGGAGCCCCUCCCCCACUCGGGUGACCUUAGCGAACCCUCGGGCUGUCCCGGCAGCAGCACAAAAGUGGCGCUGUUCCCCGGAAGGGCUGCUCGGCUUAGAGUGAGCGGGAGGGGAAGGCCGGUCCGUGUCCGGCUCCACGUCUUCUGUGUGGGUCCGCAGCUGGCCUCUGUUUACCCGCCGCGGCGGCAUAAAUCGGGGAAGGCUGGGCUUGUUUGGGGCAGAACUAGCCCGGCUCUGCCCUGGUGUGGGUGCUGUUGGUCGAAGAGAGCCUCCUCCGCGGUACCAGGAUCGCUUCUUUCUGCCUUUCUGGAGCCUUCCUCCCUUCGGCUUGACCUUCGACCUCUCAGGCACCUGGGCCUUUCCAAGCUUGUUUCCCCUGAAGAAAACUGAGAGCGAAGCCUGUGCCUGCGCAGGGCGUGAAGCCUCCCCUUCCCCCUUGAAUCCUCAUUCUGUGCACUUCCAUACACUUUCCAGCUUCUCUGAAAAUGAGCCCAUUCCAUGCCGGCCCAUCCCCCGGGGGUCCUUGUAAGGAACGCCCUUUGCAGAUUAACAUACGCAAUUUGCAUUAUUGGUGAGGGAGUGCCCGAGGAACGUUAGGGUGCCUGGACCGAACCUGGAGUUCAAAUCCAGCCCCAGGCCACCCUGCGCAAGUCACUGGACCCCCCUUGCCUAGCCCUUAGGUUCUUGGAACUGGCACUUCAUAUUUGAGUCAGAGGCAGAAACGAAGGGCUUAAAAAACCAAAGCCAUUAUUUGGAGAAGGUCCGGAGCCUACUCUAGACUUGGGCCCCGGGAAGAUGAUCCGGGGGUCUGUUGUCAAACCCCUGAGUUUUGAACCUCUCUAGCGGGCUCUAGAUGGGUUUCAGACGCAUGCGCGCCGCGUGUCCCGGCCUCGCAGCAGAGGGUUCAGCAUGGGGCUACUUCAUGGAGGGAAACUUGUGGGCCCUCCCGCUCACAACCCCCGCGUUCCUAGAAUGCUUCCCUAGUAUGUUCUGUUGCUGCUCAGCCAUUUCUCACUCCUGGUGACCGCAUUCAACCUACCUGAGGACUUUGCCCUUUCCUGCUUGGACUCCCUUUCCAGAGUUCCAGCUCUCAGCGCUAAGUGCCCUGGCAGGAAGUGUCUGAGGUCACGUGUGCACCCAGGACCUUCCUUCUCUUGGCGGCUGCCUAUCCACCGAUUCUCCUGGGAAGGCCUAAUGCCCUCGGGGACCCUUGCAUUCGAGCCCAUUAGUCCUGGGAGAACAUCUUUAUGUACCACGUGUCCAAAACCCCAAACACCACCAAAACUCUCCACCCAAGGGAUACCCGCCCCGGUGAGGACUUUGUUCAGACUGGGCCAGUACCGGGCUUCUCCUGGAAAUCUAUUUUUAAAACCCUUACCUUCUGCCUUAGAAUGGAUGCCAAGGGGUCCAAGUAAGAGUUCCAAGGGAGAAGGGUGCUCAGGGCUGGGGGGGGGGGGGUGAAGUGACUUGCCCGGGGUCACGCAGCUAGGACGGGUCUGAGGCCACAUUUGAACCCAGACUUCCCAUCCGCAGCCCCCUCGCUUAAACGCUUUGUCAAGAUGGUGCUGGUCAACAUGAGAAUUGUGGAGCUCCGAGGAAGGACAUCCCCUUUUGUUUACUGCCGGCCCCAAAUUGUGCAGGUCCAACAUUCUGAAUAAAGGCUUCCGGCACUGAA